AUGGAGAAGGGGACUGUAUGUGUAACUGGUGGAACUGGUUAUGUGGCUUCCUGGUUAAUAAUGAAGCUCCUUCAAUCUGGCUAUUCUGUCAAUACCACCAUUAACUAUAACUUGGAUCCAGGAGCAAGUUUCUUGGAGAAGUUACCAAAUGCAUCCCAAAAACUCAAAAUUUUCAGGACAAAUCCUGAAGAGCCUGAAAGCUUUCAUCCAGCAAUUGAAGGGUGCAAUGGUGUUAUAAUUGGUCAUUCUGUUGAUUUCGAGGAUAAAAACGAUGAAGAGACGAAAAUCCAACGAUCUAUUACCGGGAUUUUGGGCAUUCUGAAGGCAUGUUUGGAUUCAACAACAAUUAAACGAGUUAUAUACACUUCUACUGAUGGUGCAGUUAUCUAUAACGAAAAGGGUCCAGAUGUAGUAGACGAAAGUUCAUGGAGUGAUAUAGAUUUUCUCAAAAAGUUGAAUCCUUUAGGAGUUGCUUACUCAAUAAGUAAAACUUUAAUAGAAAAAGAAGCUCAAAAUUUUGCAGAGAAAUAUGGGCUGGAUCUUGUGUGUGUGAAUCAUGCUUGGGUUUUUGGCCCAUUCAUUGCUCCUCAAUGCCCUAUAAUUGUUCUUCAAAACAUGGCUAUGAUUCUAGGUAUUUCUUCAACAAUUUCUUUAUUAUUUUCGUUUAACUAA